GAACCCGGGCCUUUACCACGGUGAUCAUCCGCGACUUGCCCCACCCGAGCACCCACCCGUUGCUGCCAUGUGGCAACUUCUACUUGUGUGUUUCCUGCUGCGUUUGGGGCCCUCGCGUCAACAAUUCCCCCGGCCGUGUGCCACCCGGGAGGCCCUGCUGGCCAAGGAGUGCUGCCCGGCCUGGGAGGGAGACGGUUCGCCCUGCGGAGCCAGCUCGGGUCGGGGCUCCUGCAGGGACGUGGAGGUCCCGCAGCAGCCCGACGGGCCGCAGUACCCCUUCGCCGGGUUGGACGACAGGGAGAAAUGGCCCCUGGUGUUCUACAACCGGACUUGCCGGUGCGCGGGCAACUUCAUGGGCUUCAGCUGCGCCGACUGUGCGUUCGGCUACUUCGGGGUGAAUUGCAACGAGAGGAGGGAGUCUCUCAGGAGGAACAUAUUCCACCUGUCCGGGGCCGAGAGGCGCAGGCUCGUGUCUUACCUGAACUUGGCCAAGCAGACGAUCAGCAGGGACUACGUCGUGGCCACGGGGACCUACCGGGAGAUGGAGAACGGCUCCAACCCGAUCUUCGCGGACGUGUCCUCGUACGACGUGUUCGUGUGGAUGCAUUACUACGUGUCGCGGAGCGCGCUGCUGGGCGGCCCGGGGAACGUGUGGACCGACGUGGACUUUGCGCACUGGGCGCCCGCGUUCCUCCCGUGGCACCGCUUGUACCUGCUGCACUGGGAGCACGAGAUCAGGAAGCUGACCGGGGACGACGGCUUCAGCAUCCCGUACUGGGACUGGAGGGAUGCCCAGGGGUGUGAGGUGUGCACCGACGAGCUGAUGGGGGGCCGGAGCCCCCGGGAUCCCAGUCUUCUCAGCCCAGGCUCCGUCUUCUCUUCUUGGACGGUGCUGUGCUCCCGAGCAAACGAUUACAGUGACAGAGGUAUCCUGUGUGAUGCUCGGGGAGAAGGCCCAUUGCGCCGUAACCCUGGAAACCACAACCGUAACGUGGUUGAACGAUUACCGACUUCUGCGGAGGUGGAGUUCACUCUCAGUUUGCCCGACUAUGACACCGGAGCCAUGGACCGCGGUGCCAACAUGAGCUUCAGGAACACUCUGGAAGGAUUCGGGGAUCCUCGGACUGGGGUGGGAAACAGUUCUCGCAUGGGCAUGCACGCCGCCCUGCACGUGUUCAUGAACGGAUCCAUGUCCUCAGUGCAGGGCUCAGCAAACGACCCCAUAUUCCUUCUCCACCACGCUUUUGUUGACAGCAUUUAUGAGCAGUGGCUCAGGAGGCACAGACCAUCUCCAUCCCAGUACCCAGACUCGGAUGCUCCUAUAGGGCACAACAGUGAAUACAACAUGGUGCCCUUCCUGCCUCUCCAUAGGAACCGGGAAUUCUUCAUCUCCAGCAAGGAAUUUGGAUAUGAAUAUUCAUAUCUGCUAGGUGCUAACCAGAGGCUGGCAGAAUCCAUGCGUCCCUACCUGGAGGAACUGCGGGACGUGUGGCCCUGGCUCCUGCUGGCGGGGCUCUGCGGAGGAAUCGCAGCGGUGACCACAGCUGCUGCCGUCCUCACUGUGAGACGGCGAUACGCAGCGUCGCCUUGGUUGCGUGUGACCAAGUGGAAACACUUAUUUGCCGUCCCGGAGAGACAGCCACUUAUCUGCAGUGACUCAGAGGAAACCAAACAGCGUAACUACCAGACAACUCUGUGAAGCCCCCCAGGGGGAUGUUCUGUGUAGGAAUGUUAACGUUUUAAUGUUAACAUACUUAUUAUUAACUCACUGUGAUGAUGUCCACAAUAUUUGUUGUCAAGGUAUUUAAACUUUAUCAAGAGUAAAAUGUUAAUGGAGAAAAUCUUGAAAUUGACUUUUCUGUAACAUGUUUCAAAAUGACUUUUCACAGUUAUUCUUUAUGGUUAACGUGGAUUUAGCUGAUUAGCUUCAAAAUAAGUUUUGGCAGUUUAUUGCAUCCGUCAUGUACAGUAUGCAGCCAUUUAAAGUGAAGAAAUGAAUCUAAUUGCUGCACAGUCAGAAACACAAACUCUUUAGAUGAAUUCACCAAAGCCUUGGGGGACUUUCUUUUAAUAUCUUUGUGUGGGAGUUGAGUUGAACCACGUUUAAUUAACAUUUAAAUUGAUUCAUGUUUGUGGUGUGAGACGUGCUUCUGGAAAGGCAGGAAGGUGAUAGUGUCUGUAUGGAUGUCACGGUCUGAGACACUGCCAGAACAUCGGGAGGUGCUUCCAUAUUCUAAUCUCAGAGUGAUGUCAUGGCUUUAAAAACUUUGACAUUUGCAAAAGUCACUGCAAUUUACAAAUAUGCAAGUGGAUCCAAGUCCUCACUUGAAAGGUCAAACCCCAUUUAGUUCAAGACAAGUGUCACCUUUAAUACCACUCGAAACACUACCUGGUAUGUAUACAUUUUGUAUGAAAUAUCACACACACCCCACUUUUGAAAGUUCAACACAAAAGUUUAUUUGUAGGAAGAUAAAUUGGUUCCCUAAUAAUCUUAACUGGGAGUCACCUAAUUUAUCCCAAUGCAAUUCAUACAUUCAUAGCCUUUGAAACAUGCAGCCUAUAUAUGAAGUAGUUCUCAAACCGGGCAAUUUCAAUUACAUCCCAGUGAUAUCGUUUGCUUUUUAAAUAGAUCUUAUUACGUUUGUGUGCAUUCACAAGUGGCUCAACGCGUAUGCGACGUCAACACCAACCUCGAGAACCACUGAUGUAGCACAACUUUUAUAAUAAAGCAGGCCUACUUUGCUUAAAAAUACAUUGUAUUCAAUUGCCAUUCUCAGAUAGUACAGUACAUUCUCUUUAGAAAAUUGUCUUUAGAUUGCUUUGACAAGAAAUGAGGACAUAAAAUACAGCCGGGAUGCUUUUCGGGGCAAAAAUUGCACAAAAUAUACAAUAUGGUCAUGUAAAAAAAAAAAAA